GGGGGAUCGGAGAUCGGGGCGGGAUCGCGAGGAGGGAUCGGGGCGGGAGUAGGUGGGAGGAGGAGGAGGAGGCGGCGAGGCCUCGCCUCUCACUGUUGUUUUUCCCGCCCAGAGCUGGAGAAGGGCGGCAUGGCCGCCUCGCUGGAUGCCGACAAGAAGGGCGACUACCUGCAGCCCAGCAACCCGGCCAACAAGGACUCGCAGCCGUCCCCGCUGGCCCUGCUCGCCGCCACGUGCAGCAAGAUCGGCUCCCCGGUGCUGCAGCCGGUGGAGCUGAGCGCAGCGGGCCCGGCUGCGGGCACUGCAUGGCAGAUCAUUGCGGCCGGGCCCGGCACCGCCACCAUAGCCAAGGACGCGGCAGGGAACCUUGUCCAGCUGGCCCCGGCUUCGGGCUCCGGGGGCCAACAGUUCGUGCUGCCCCUGCAGGGACUCUCGGGCCAGGCCGGGGGCACGGUGCAGUACCAGGUGGUGCAAGCCGACGGCGGUCAGCAACAUCUGGUGGCGGCCCCUAGCGGGGGACAGCAGCAGGAAGCUUCGGGCCACAUCCACAUCAUCCCCGCCUCCAACCAGGCAUUCAUCACUCGGGGGUCGCAGGCCAGCAUCAUCGGCACCACGGCCGCGGGACAGAACGUCAUUCACAUCCAGCCGUCAAUGCAGCUCCAGGGCGUGAACCUGGGCGGGCAGGCGCAGAUGCUCGCCAACCUCCCCGUCAACCUGGCAGGUAACGUCACCUUCGCGAUGCCCUUUGCCAGUGUCACUCCCAUGGCCGCGGUUCAGCAGCAGCAGCAGCCUCAGCAGCAACAGACAGCGACGACGACGACUGCGUCGGCUUCGACAACUACGAGCAGCAGCAGCAGCACGAAUGGAGUGGCGAACGGCGGUGACUCUGCGGAGCCAGGCCCCGGCGGGGAGGAUACGUUGGCCACGGAGGAUACCCCCGCUGACAACUCGGCGCUGGAGCAGGGUGCCGAAGAGUCCGAGGCAGCAGCCUCUCCCAGUGGGGCUUCCUCCCCCCUGCCUUCCACCACGUCCACGGUUAACGGGAUGGCUUCCUCCACGUGCUCCACGUCCGCGCAGACGCAGGCCAGCAUUGCGCAGCUGGUGUCGUCGCAAGCUCAGGGUCAGCAGUACCAGCUGGCUUCAGGGCAGGCCGUAUUCCAGCAAGUUCAACUGCAGCAGCAGCCUGGAGGCCAAGCUCAGAUUAUACAGGCCUUUCCCCAGCAGCAGACAUUCCAGAUCGACACGCAGGGGCAGACCAUCCAAGCACAAUCCGUGCCGCAAAACAUACAAUUUCAAAACGCGGUCCCCAUAGUCCUGCGUGUCCCGACUCUCAGCGCUGAUGGGCAGAUCACCUACCAGACCAUCCAGAUUCUGCCCAGCCUGCCCAAUAUGCAGCUCCAAAGCGCAUCGCCGCAGCAGCUGACCCUGGCCCCCAUGCAGACGGCUGUGAUGACUCCCGUGAGCCAGGCGGGCACGGCGGGAGCACAGCAGCUCACCUCGGGCACCACGACGUGCGUGGCCAUGAGCUCCCCACAGGUCACGGCGCUGCCCAGCUUGCAGACCAUCAACCUGAGCUCCUUGGGGAGCACGGGCAUCCAGGUGCAGCAGAUCCAAGCGUUGCCCAUCUCCACGACCUCGGCCAGCACAAACACCGGCGGCCAGCACCUGUCCCAGGAGGGCAGCGACACGAAGUGGCAGCUGGGAGUGGAGGCGGUGACGCCGAUGAGCGUGAGCGCGCUCACCGCCGAGGAACUAAGCCAGGUGGCGGCGCAGGUGAGCGGCGAGCAACCCGCCGAGCCAGCCAAGCGCAUCCGCCGCGUCGCCUGCGCCUGCCCCAACUGCCGCGACGGCGAGGGCCGGAGUGGCAGUGAGCCUGGCAAAAAGAAGCAACAUGUGUGCCACAUCCCGGGCUGCAGCAAGGUGUACGGCAAGACGUCGCACCUGCGCGCGCACCUGCGCUGGCACACGGGCGAGCGGCCGUUCGUGUGCGGCUGGCUCUUUUGCGGGAAGCGCUUCACACGCUCUGAUGAGCUGCAGCGACACCGUCGCACACACACAGGCGAGAAGAAGUUCCCGUGCCCUCACUGCAGCAAGCGGUUCAUGCGGAGCGACCACCUCUCCAAGCACAUUCGUACCCACCAGAACAAGAAGUCGGGCCUCGUGGGAGGGGCUUCUAAUGUGGCGGUGGUGCAGAGCAUCGUGACCGCCACGGAGGUGAUGGAGAUGGCGGUGUCGGCCGACAGCGACAUUAUGGCAGCGGCGGGCAUGGUCAACCUGGGCCACUUCAAGCAGGAGAUGGGAAGUGCCGGCACGGGGGUGGUGUAGCUCUCGCGUCUCGCGUGAGCACAACGGCGGUGUGAGUACAGGUUUCGGUAAAAGAGGCAGUGUUUAUUUUGAGUCUCUUGUUUAUUUGCUUGCUUUCAAAGAAAGGGAAAACUUACAUUCAUGGAACUUGCUGUUAUUCUUUUGUAUUUUUGCAAUACAAUUGGGUCUUGACUAUCCAGAGGAAAUGACAAGCCACUUAAGUACACUCAGUAAGACAUGUACUUUUGUACACAUCACCAGCUAAGGCUGUUCAACAAAACAAACACAAUGCAGCUAAAAAAAGCAACCAGGACAAACUGCUUCACCAGCAAUACUUAAGGUGUGUAUUCCAUUACAUUGGAGUGUAUGGAAGCAUCUAAUUUAUAAGAAAAGAAAAAGACAAAAAUUACCGGGAUCCAACAUUGUUGACUGUGCCUUCAAUAAACAAGAACAGUACAUGUGCAUUUAUUGCACUUAGUCGUAUCACUUUCUUAAAAAACAACUCGUACAACACGGUAGUAGUAGUAUGUUAUUAAGGUGAAGAAGCCUCGUCCCUCACGAUUUGUCACGUGGGUGUUUUUUGUAAAUGAAGGCAAUGAAACAUGUGUUCUUUCUUGAAUACAGUUUUACUAACAUUUGUUAUAUGUGUCAACAACUUGGCAGAUUUCUACCCGAGUAAAAUUAUAAACUUUAUAACCACAGUAGGCGUUUAUUUAGGCACGCUUUUUGUGUGGUCAGGUGAACAGUUUAACGGCUAAGAUGUUAAUUGUAAGCUUAAAUUCAAUAUAUUUAAGCCCAACUGACUUUCAUUUUAAUUGUACUGGAUUCCAGUUAAGCAUUAAGCAAAGCACAUGCACACGUUUUGGCUAUCUACUGUAAAGGCCAUCUUAAUGCAUUUUCAGCCUGGUCACUUCAAUCAUCGCACCCAGUUCCUUCAAUCAGACGUGGAUGUUGCAGUCACAUCCAAUGGGGACACUGCAUAUAGGUCAGAGUAACAUGAAUGCAGCAUUGUGUGUGUUUUUAUGGUUGGCCUUGACUUUGGGUAAUUACCCGUAUGUAGGUUUAGCUACAUUCUCAAUUUUGCCCAUCUGUCAACACGUACAGCCAGUGCUGUUCGGCAAAUCUAUGAUGCAGAUCCCUUUUUACCCAAAGAUCGGUCUCAUUUUACCAAAAAAUGUUUUGUUGUACCGGAUAAUUUACUCGUCCUAAACAUAAUUUAGGCCAUGAACAAAUGUAGAAUUACCAGUAUGUCUGCUUUCUAAAUAUUUUCAAAACAUUAUUUCAGUAUGCAUUGAAACAGCUGGCAAAUGGCUGUGGGCUAGUUUUGAGAACGAGGCAUAAUGUUAUUUUUAGAGUCAUUUUACAUUGCAUUAUUAGUGAGGUCAUAUGCUAUUGAAAUAAUUAUAUAUGAUGUGUGCAUACAUGAAAAUAAGAAACUUUAUACAAUGCCUGUAUAAAUACAUGUCGAAUGCAGCUUAUCCUCCGGUGGUCAGGAAAUAUUUUUUUCUAGCAUAGCACAGUAUAAAUACAGCUGAUGUAUUAAGUGUGUAAAAAAAACAAAUCUCAUCCGAAAAGAUCUUUGAUGGGACUGGCCUUAAGACAUCAUCAAGUACUCGGUAAAAGCGGAGUCUUAAACAUUCAGCACUAUCAUUUUUAUUUUUGUAAUUUUAUUUAAAAUAUGUAUUCAGACAAUUUGGUAUUUUGUUUGUUUCCCCUUGGAAUAAAUCCCCGCUUUUCAUUGCAUAGAUUGGUGCUAGUUUGAUCCCAAUGUGCGUGUUGGAUAGAUGCAGAGGCCACAGCUGCCAAGCUCCAUUGCUUUAUUUCUAAUGGGUGUUUCGUGUAAUUUCUACUCACAUUUACUUUAGUAUUUUAGAUGCUUUUAUUUAUAUAUUACCUUUAUUAUAUAUUGCUGUGGUUGGGGUCUAUAAUUGUUACUGUCAUUGGCAUGUCUCAAUAAUAAUAAUAAUUGUUGUUUGCUUUCCUUCAUGUAAAAUAUGAAAAAAUGUAAAUAUUAAAAAGUGAAUAUGGAGAAAUCAUAAUGCUUUAGUGGGUGAUUGUACUUGGGAUGAAGCUAUAAAUUGUCAUUUGUUAGCAUACACAUUUUUACACAAUGUUAGACAACUUAGACUUUUAACAAAAAAAUUGCGUUUGUUUUCAAUAGAUUGUAUAAGAAUGCGCUUCUGAGUAAAGCCCAAACCAAAAGUAGUUGUGUUGUAAGUCAUGAAUAUCUGGUUUGUGUUCAUUAAAACAAUCAGGUUGCAGAGCUUCGGUUGAUUUUGCUUCUAAAUGUAGGAUUGCUUGUAAGUACACAGCUGGAUAAGGGUACAAUAUUCCUUUUCGGGCCCUUUUCUAAUGUUUUUCAAUAUUGUAGUCUGCUGUAAAAUAAACCUCAUUUGGUUCAAUUAUU